GUACAUAUUACCCAAGAUGUCAAGCAUAAGACGAAAUAGAGAGAUCUUAACUGGUGGGAAGAAGUACCAUCAACAGCAGACCAAAAAGUUUGGUGUUGAUGAGGUUGUAUUUGAUAAAGAAUCCCGUCAAGAAUAUUUAACUGGUUUCCAUAAAAGAAAAUUGCAGAGACAAAAGAAGGCCCAAGAAUAUAUAAAAGAACAGGAGAGGCUUGCCAAAGUCCAGGAAAGAAAGGAAAUACGAGAUGAGAGGAAGAAGGACCUAGAAAACCAAUUGAAGGGAUUCAAGGAUACCAUGGAAAGAAUCACCCAUUUGGACAGUAGCGAUGAGGAAGAAGACAAAUGGGAUGGGUUUGAUUCAAAGUCCAACUCUUCUAGUGAGGAUGAAGCAGAAGACGGAGAAGAAGACGGAGAAGAAGAUGACGAUGGGGAGAAGGAAAAGAAGGAAAAGAGAAGACCCCAAAAGGGUAUUCUUCAUCACACAGAAAUAUACAAAAGGGACGAUUCCAAUGAUUUUCCACAGGGAGAUGCCAUUAUUGACGAUGAAACAACCGUCACGGUUGAAUCGCUUGACAACCCACACAUCAAGAAGAUCCAAGAUACCAAUCUCGAAGCAAUUGCCUUGGCCAAUAAUGUGCGUUUGAAGGAUUCCGAAGACGUCUUGAAAGAUUCAAUAGACAAAGCCAAAAAAUACGCAGUGACUUGUGGUGUUGCCAAACCUUCGCUCAAGGACAAAAUCAAGAAGAAGAAGAAGUUCAGAUACUUGACCAAAGCUGAAAGAAGAGACAAUAAUCGUAAGAUCAAGGCUAAUAAGCUUAAAAGUAGUAAAAGAGAUAAAAGCUAACAUCUAUCUUAUCCUGUAACAUAUCUGACAUAUAUAUCUCGUAUAUAUCAUAUCUUUAACAUAGCGUAUUCUUACCAUACCGUAUCUUUAAUAUAC